AUGGAGAAACAAAUUGCCAACUAUGGUGCUCGUUUAUUAGUAGAAAAUAAGCCAGUUUUAGGGAAAGCAGCCGAAUUCUAUCGAUUAGCUACUAUUCGCUGCAAUAAUAAUGCAAGUAAGUUACUGCCGGCUACCUCUUCGUCCAGAAUUGUGAUAUGCAUUGACUUGGCAGCGACACUCUUUGAUGAGUCUGUCGAUAAGGCACUUGCUGCAAAAUUAGCAGGAACAUCAAGAAAAGUGUAUAAUACCAUGUAUAAAACAUACGAAGUUUUACUCAAUGCAUCCAAGCCAUGCUCGGUAAAAGAACUAGCCGUUUUCGCAAAUUGCAUAGGCAAUGCUGAGCUUUUGGCUGAAAAAUUACUCGAUAGGUUUGCAGUAGACGUAAAUAGUAAAUGUGCCAAUGGUAAUAACAACUGCAUUGACAUUACAAAGCCUCAGUUUCCGGCUGCAGCUCUCUGUGUUGCAUGCAGGCAUUUAAAGGUAAGGGUUAGCAAGGAUAAGCUCUAUAGCAAAGCAUCUAUCAGCAAAGGCAUGUUUUCUAAUCUAUGUGAAUCUCUAACAGCCUGCCUACGACAGAUUGAAGAUCGAACUGAAAAUCGGGCUCUACACAAAAGUGAGGUUAAAUCUGAUGAUGAGAGUGACGAUAAUCAGAUAAGCUACAACUUAUGGAAAGAAAAAAUCCUUUCCAAACCGGACUAG